AUGCAGAGCACGUUCUCGCAUGUCCCUUCGCAGCCCCCACAGUCUCCCCCACAAGCCGAAGAUGCUGUUCCGAUCCAGGAGCAGGCGACCUGGAUGGCCUUUGGAGCCAGCAGUACCCUUCCAUCGGCAGACGAUGUCAAUACAAUCGGCAGUCGCGGUAGCAAGGCCGGGAAGCGCCCUGCGGCUCGGGCAACUGCCUUCUACCCGCGAAAGCGAGCCAACACGGCAUGUCAGGUGUGCAGGGCCCGCAAGACCAAGUGCGACAGCGCCAUCCCAUCGUGUUCCUACUGCGUCAGCGUUGGUGCAACCUGCAUCCAGUCGCCGGUAGACCUGUCUAGCUUUGAUCCCGCGAGCAUCAAGAUCCUCGGGCGACUUGAUGAUCUGGAACGAAUCCUCAAAGACCUGCCGGCGGCUGUCAAGGAGAAUGAAUCGUCACCACGAGCCUCUACUUCAGAGCAGCAACCGCCGAGUGCCACCUCUGCGACCCCCACCUCUGCUACCACAUACCCGGAUCCCGAACCGCUCUGCGCAUGGUCUCACGCGAACCAUGGCCGCGCCUUUCGGCCUGCGCAACAGAUGUCCACGUCCACCGCCGCGGGUCCAGGUGAUGUGGGCUUGCGCACCUGUAACGUGCUGCCUCAACGCGUCGACCACAUCCUCUCAUGGCCCAUGUUCAGGACGGAGAUGGAAGGCUUAGACGGAGUGGGGGUUGAUGCCGUCGCCAAUCGCGGGUUCAAGCCGUGGUCAGGGGGGACACCAUCUCUUCUAAGUCUUCUGGAAUCGGACGCUGGGCAGAUAAACCGACUGCUAGACAACUUCUUCACAUACGUUCACGGCAGUAAUCCGAUUCUCGACGAGCCUAGCACACGCCGACUGGUCAAAGAGACGAUAGGAGACGGGCUAGAUUGGUCCUCGUCCUCGUGUUUGACCUUGAUCAUCUGUGCCCUGGGCUGUAUAGCGACGCCCUUUGGCCCCGGCGGGGUGAUGAGGCCAACGGCUCACACCGACUCCCAAGUGCUCUUCGAGGCAUCUCAAAAGCGGAUCGGCUCUUUGCUGGUCAAGAAUGAUCUCACUACGGCGCAAUGUCUAUUCCUUUCGGGCGUCUACAUGAUGUACAUGUUCGAGCCCGUCUACAGCUGGAGGUUUUUCCUGCAGGCAUUGGCAAUCUGCCAGACGUUACCGUCCAUCGUCGAGGCCCGACGACUAGGCUCUACGCCUGCGACGCCGCCAGCUUCGCAUGAGCUCGGCAAUAGGUACACACAGGAACAGGCUGUCUACUGGUCUUCGUGGAAGUCGGAGCGAGAGCUACGCGUUGAGCUCUCCUUACCCGACUUUGAGAGUCGUGAUUUGGGUAUCACGUUAUAUCCGCCAUUCUUUCCUACACCGCCAAUCUCAAAUGAGGAUGCCUUUGACAAGUCCGAGGCGGAGGCGUCAAGAGCCCGCGAAGCAUGGCUAUUCUACCUUGCGGAUAUUUCUUUGCGGCGUCUGACUAGUCGUAUGUGCAGCGCCAUGCUCGAUCUAGAGAGAGCUGCGCCUUCAAACACGGAGUUUUUGAUGGCUCUGCUCAAGAUGAUCCCCGACUACGAAUUUCAAGCACGUCAGUGGCGGGAUAACCUUCCCGAGGAGCUAUCUCUUGCUGGGUCUAUUGAGACAGACAACAUCAACCAAUUUGUCCUCCGCGGCAAGAUGUUGAACUUUUUCGAGAUCAUCUACUGGCCUUUUGUGGUCGGGAGUCUCAGCCGCUUGUUUGCGAGCAUUCCGGUACCUCCCGACUUCCACGAUAUAGUCACUCGCGGGCUAGACACACAAUUGAUGCAGAUACGCAUCAACGAGACGGGCUUCAUGUACAGGCAUCAUGGCUGUUUCUUCAUGAUUAGAUCUUGCACCAGGAGUGCCCUCGUCUUGCUGGCUGCUUCCAAAGUGGGAGCUGUGGUGCCCAUGGAUUGGGAUUUGCAAGUGCUAAAGGUGGCCAGGAUGCAGUCAUACUGGGAGGAGGAAGAUGUGGAAGCGAAAACAUGGAGAUGCCUUAUUGAGCGGGAGCUAUCUGCUAUGUCGCGUUGA